AUGCUAUUUCCGGAUGAAUUCGAUUUCUAUCCAAAAACGUGGUUUCUACCCGAACAAAUCGAACAAUUCCAAAAUGAUGCUCGCUCGAUACACAACAACGAGCGACGCCGACGUCGACCUUUAACAACUUUCAUCGUCAAGCCAUCAGAUGGAUCAGAAGGCGCAGGCAUCUAUUUGAUUCAAGAUCCAACUCAUUGUAAUGUCACUAAUCGGUCGCAUAUCGUUCAAGGUAAUGUAUAA